UGCCUCGAAGCUAAGUCGAGUGUCAUCAGUAGUGUGAAAACUUCGUAUAUUCUUUUUGAAAUGUCCGUAACUUCAAGUUAUAAAUAAGAAGCUCCGCAUGUUUUCUAACAUAACACAUAUUUCCAGAAAUGAAAAUCAUGGAGAAGUACACUAAUAUUACAAUUAUCAUUACUCUUUUCUUCUUCAACAGAUAUGCUGUGGCGAACGAAGCCGUAUCCACAACCAAGCUUUAUAUAGUGUAUAUGGGAGAACACUCAUACCCAGAUUCUGAUUCGGUUAUAUCGUCAAACCAUGAAUUGCUUGCAUCGGUUGCUGGAAGCUUCGGUCAAGCUAAAGAAGCAAUAACUCACCAUUAUCAUAAGAGCUUUCGAGGCUUUUCAGCCAAACUCACGCCAGAACAAGCACAAAAACUUCGCGAAACAGAAUCAGUCAUUUCAGUUUUUGAAAGUAAGACUAACCAGCUCCAUACUACUCAUUCUUGGGAUUUCCUUGGCGUCAACAAUGUUCCACAAAAUAACGCAAAAGUUGAAUCCAAAUCAGACACGAUCGUUGGAGUCAUUGAUACUGGAAUUUGGCCUGAAUCAGAGAGCUUCAAUGAUAACGGAUUAGGGCCCGUACCGAAGAGAUUCAAGGGAGAAUGUGUUGCCGGAGAUCAGUUUACAGUCAAUAACUGCAACAGGAAGAUAAUCGGUGCAAGAAUCUACCCAAAAGGAUAUGAAGCAAAAUACGGACCACUAGAAUCUUUCAAUGCAACUUUCUUCCGAUCUCCUCGUGAUAGCGAUGGUCAUGGAACUCACACUGCAUCAACAGUUGCUGGGUCAGUUGUGAAUAACGUCAGUUUAUUUGGUAUUGCAAGUGGAACUGCUAGGGGAGGCAUGCCGAGUGCUAGACUUGCCAUAUACAAAACGUGUUGGUUCGUUGCUUGUACAGACGCUGAUAAUCUAGCAGCCUUUGAUGAUGCCAUCAGUGAUGGAGUCGAUAUAAUUUCUAUCUCUGUAGGAUCUAGACCAGAUGGUUUCUUUGAUGAUCCCAUCUCCAUUGGAUCUUAUCAUGCAUUCAAGAAAGGUAUUCUUGUUUCUACCUCAGCAGGAAAUUCAGGUUUUGCUACAACAAAAACCGCUCCUUGGCUCCUAACUGUCGCUGCUAGCUCUAUCGACCGAGAAUUCAAUUCCAACGUUCAGCUUGGAAAUUCAAAGAUGUUGAUGGGAUCCUCUCUAAACCCAUUAAAAAUGGAUAAAUUUCAUCCGGUAAUAUUUGCAAGAGAUGCAGCUGCUGCAGGUGUCACAGAGGGAGAAGCAAGCUUAUGUUUCAACGGCACUCUAGAUCGUAAGUUGAUUAAGAGGAAGAUAGUGGUUUGUAGUGGAUUAGGUAUUGACAACCCCGACGUCGUUGUAAGAGAGGGUGGUGGUGUUGGAAUGGUACUUUCUAUCGACUCCUUAUUUGGACUAAAUGAGUACAGCUUGCAAUACGUCAUUCCGACUACUGUUCUUGACAGAAAUGAAGUACAAGUUCUUCAAAAUUACGUUAGCCGAUCAAAGAACCCAACCGCCAAAAUAUCCCCAACAAAGACAAUUCUCAACGCCACCCGUGCACCAAAAAUGGCAUUCUUUUCUUCAAUCGGACCAAAUACUAUCACUCCCGACAUCAUCAAACCUGACAUUACAGCACCUGGUGUGAGGAUAUUGGCAGCAUGGUCUCCGGUAAGUAUUGAAUCGACAGCAGGAAGAUCCGUAGACUAUAAUAUCAUUUCAGGAACGUCCAUGUCCUGCCCACAUGCUUCUGGAAUUGCUGCCAUGGUAAAAAGUCACCACCCCUCGUGGAGUCCAGCAGCUAUUAAAUCUGCCAUAAUGACAACAGCAAAUGCCAUGGACAAUACUAAGAGAGCCAUAUUGCAAAAUCCAUCUGAUUCUCCAGCGUCACCAUUCAACUACGGAUCCGGGCAUGUAAAUCCCAUAGCAGCACUAGAUCCUGGCUUGGUAUAUGACUUCGGCUCCAAAGAUCUAAUUGACUUCUUAUGCAGUACUCGUGCCUAUGCUACGCAAAUUCAAAUGCUUACUGGAAAAAAAGUCGCUUGUAAAAGCCCACCAGUUCCCAUGUAUGAUCUAAACUAUCCUUCAAUUGGUGUUGCCAAUAUGAACGGAAGUGUAACAAUUGUACGAACUGUCACAUACUACGGACAUGGCCCAGCAGUUUUUGAUUCCAAAGUCGAGUUAGAUAGCCCUACAGGCGUGAAGGUGAAGGCCACAGUGAAACCAAAACAACUCAAGUUCAAAGAAGCUGGUGAAAAGAUGAUAUUUAGUGUUAGUUUUGUGGCUGACAAGACUAUUCAUGGAAGUUUGGUGUUUGGAUCCUUAACUUGGAGCUCUGGCAACAAAUACAAAGUUAGAAGUCCCAUCGGACUUAAUUUGGCUUCAGCCAUCCAAGUAAGAGGGAAGUAAUUAUUAAGCUAUGUAUUGACGAGGACGACCCACAAAAGUUUACUCCCUUUUCUUAUUUUACAUGCACUCUAUGUUGCUUACUCGAAUAAAAAUAAAUGCAAUAGCGUUAUUACGUCAUAAUAAAGAAAAAUAUUAAAAAGAGAUUCUUCG